AUGGAACACCUACUUGAGCCGAUUCCCUUGAGACACACUGUGGGAAACAAUUACUAUGAAUACUUUGACCAGUUAUCAAAAAAUGUACAUUACGCAAAACUUGGUGGAAACAAUCACAAAGGUUGCAUAAAUAUCAAUGAUAAACCAUAUACGAUAACACUUUCUGAGUUUUUUUCAUUCGUUAACAAGUGUAAAGGUCCCGGAGAACCGGUUCAAGUACCAUUCACUACAAGGAAGAACAUAAACAUUGAUUUAUUUCCGCAGUUUGGCAACACACAUACCGAAAAGGAUCCCGAAAGAGGAUAUAUAUCGCAGAAGGAUGGAAAGGGAGCAGGGCGUUUUUCGAAUUACCAGGACCAUGAGUAUGAUUCCACCAAUGAAAAUGAAGAAGAAAGGAAACAAAACGUAUGGGAAGAAUCGAGUAAAAUAAACUACAACGAGGGAGAAUUUGACCUGAAGAAGCUGAUAUACUCAGGAGAUAAGUGGGAACAGGAGUUCGAAUGGAGCAAUCAAGUGAAGAAAAUCAACGAGGAGGUGUUCCACAACCCGUCGUUUAGACUGAACCAGCUGUCUGCAAUAAACUGCAUUCUAAGCAAUAACGACACGUUUGUAAUAAUACCCACGGGAGGAGGGAAGUCACUGUGCUUUCAGCUUCCGGCAGUGUACGACACACUGACGGGCAGAGGGAGUACGACGAUAGUGAUCAUGCCGCUGCUGUCGCUAAUAGAAGACCAGGUAAACAGGCUGAAAGAGUUGAAAAUAAGCUGCAGAGCAAUAGUGGGAGACCUGAAGCUGUCGGAAAAGCUGUCGAUACUGAAGGACCUUAGCAGGGGCACAAAAGGCCCAGGAGGUUACCAAGGAGGAGAAGGAGGAAGCGACAUAAGCGUGCUGUUCAUAACGCCGGAGUCGCUGGUGUCCUCAAACAUACUUAAAAACAGCCUGCUGAGCAUGUACAGGAACGGACAAAUAUCGAGGUUCGUGCUGGACGAGGUGCACUGCGUGUCGCAAUGGGGAAACGACUUCAGGCCGAACUACGGAAAGCUGGGCAUGAUCAGAGCGAACUUCCCAGAGGUGCCGAUCGUGGCGCUGACGGCGACGGCGACGGAGAGCGUGAUCAAGGACGUUAUCCUGAAGCUUAACCUGCGGGACGUGGUGGUCUUCAAGUCGGACUUUAACAGGAAGAACCUGGAGUACGUAGUGGUGGAGAAGCAGAGGAGCUUCAAGCUAGCGAUAAAGCAGCUGACCGAGAUCGUCGAAAACUUCAAGGACAGCUGCGGAAUAGUCUACUGCUUCAGCUGCAACGAGUCGGAGCGCGUGAGCAGAGAGCUCUCGAAGGUGACGAGCUGCUUCCACUACCACGCGCAGAUGAGCACGGCCAUGAGGACGCGAGUGUACAACGACUGGAUCAACGACAACGUGAGGGUGAUCGUGGCGACGAUAGCGUUCGGAAUGGGCAUCGACAAGAAGGACGUGCGCUUCGUAGUGCACUUCUCGCUCUCGAAGUCGGUGGAAAACUACUUCCAGGAGUCGGGGAGGGCGGGAAGGGACCAGAGGAAGAGCACGUGCAUCCUGAUGUACGACUACCACGACGUGGAGAGGCUGAUGCUGCUGACGAGCCCGUACAGCGCGGCGAACAGGUACGCGAAAAACAAGAAGACGCAGGACGUGGAGACGAACACCUGCAAGCUGCUGAGCAUGAUGGACUACUGCGAGGAGAAGAUUCUGUGCAGGAGGAUGAUGCUGCUGGGCUACUUCGGCCAGAGGUUCACGAGCAAGUGCAUAAUACCAUGUGACAACUGCAAAAUAACGCCAAACAGCACCGUCACGACGCUGAACACGCCUAGUUCUCAAGCAACAAGCACAAACGCGGGCAGUCAACAGGCAAAUACAAGUGCCCACGGCGGCGACACCACCAGGGCGAGAGCCGGUAACCUCAACAUGCCCGUGAAGCCGUUCAGACUCAUGAACUUCUACGAGCAUGCGCAGCACAUAUGCAAAAGCCUCUUUAGCUGCAGCCGGAGCCUGACGCUGAACGACCUGCACAAGCUGCUCAUGGAUAAGUCGAUAAAGCAGGGCAAGGGGAACGAGUUGCUGCAGGGCUACCUCAAGUCGAAGGGAAUAGACUCUAAGACGGCAAUGCUCCUGCUGAAGAAGAUGAUCAUCCACAGGCUUCUCCAGAUACGAAUCGUGCAGAACGAAAACUCGUUCACGCUGUAUUACAUUCAGCCUAACAGGAACUACUACAACUACCUGACGUCGAUGAGUAAGCUGAUCAUGCCCUAUCCCAAGGAGCCUAGAGGGGAAAAGAAGCCUGAAAAUGAAAGAAGGAAGGAGAGGGCGAUCAGGGACGAAGCCAGAAAGGCAAAGAUUAAGGUCAAAAGGGCGAAGUCGAAGGAUAAAGGGGCUAAGUCCGACUCCAAAAAGGCUAAGCCUGAAGUUAAGGGGGAUAAAGUAAAGUCUUCUGAGAGGAAGAAGAAAGAGAAAUCUGAAGUUAAAACUGACGUCACAGGGGAGCACGAGGCGUUAAUCAGUCAAGGCAAGCAUGAUAAAUCUAACGACGGCAAGCCUGACUCCAGCAGGCCCAAAGCAAAGCGCAAAAGUGAAUCGACAAAGAGGAAAGCGGGCGAUACUGAGAAGAGGACUAAGAAGCCCAAAUUGGAGUGA